AGCCUGGCAACAGAGGCUAAACAAAAGGCUAGCGGGCUGAUAUGGCAGGCUGGGUUGAAGAUGAACCGACCCGGCGGCAGCAUGGAUGAAAAAGAGGGCAACCAAAAUGGAGACCCGGGAGGUCAUCUCUCUGUGUUUACCAGGACUCACAGCGCAACUGUGAGUCCUGAAACAAGGCUAUUGUCCGCCUUCAAGAGAGACACUCAGAUCAGGAGAGUUUACCUGGCAGGUAGAGAGUGUUACAGCGAGGAAGGGAAGACCUUUGAACUGCGUCUUGUUGGAAAAAUAAAGCAACAGUUAAGCGCUGAUCCCACUCUUCGUCCAGAGUAUCCACCUUCUCUUGGUCUGACAGAAUUCACUCGGCGAGCCUCAGAGGUUGCUUUGGGGAAGAGCUCUCGUGCUAUAGCGGAGAACCGGGUGUUAGGUGUCCAAACACCUGGCUUUACCGCUGCUGUGCGUCUUGGAGCUGAACUCUUGAGACAUUGGUAUGAUGUAUGUGCUGAUUGGCGUGGGCCGGUCUACCUCUCUUCCCCCUGUGAUGACUCAUUGGCUGCUAUCUUCCAAGCAGCAGGGAUCCAAGAUAUCUGUGAGUAUUAUUACUGGGAUGACAAGCAGCGGGGUGUUUGUUUGAAGAAGCUUCUGGAGGAUCUGGAGAGGGCUCCAGAGCGAAGUGUUGUUGUACUCUCUGCGUCUGCCCACUACCCAACCGGUGCAGACCUCUCUCAAAAUCAAUGGGCUGUGAUUACACAACUCAUCAUGAGGCGUAGGCUUUUCCCUUUCCUCUUGCUGCCUGCCCAGGCACUCUGUUAUGGAGAUUUAGAGCGGGAUGCCUGGCCUGUACAGUACUGUGCAUCGCUGGGGAUGGAGCUCCUCUGUGCUCAGUCGUUCUCCCACUGCUUUGGACUAUAUGGCGAGGCUGUUGGACACCUCCUGUGCGUCUUAAAGCAGAGCUCCCUCCUGUUAUCUGUGCAGUCUCAAGUUGACACAAUAAUCAGAUCACUGUGGGCCCAGCCAUCUGUAGGAGGAGCACGUGUUGUUGCAACAGUGCUCAGUAACUCAGCCCAUCUUGUUGAAUGGCAGGGAGAAGUAAAGUGCAUUGUGGCGAGAUGUAGGCUGAUCAGAGACAUUUUGAGGGACAGGCUGAGGCUUUUGGGAACUCCCGGUUGCUGGAACCACCUAACUCAACAAGGUGGACUGUACUGUUGUACAGGCUUGAAUGGUCAGCAGGUAGAUUUUCUGUCAAAGAAGAGACACAUUCACCUGCUUCCCAGGGGCUGUCUAAACAUGAGUGCAAUCAACGGCCGUAACUUCGAGUAUAUAGCCGACUCCAUCCAUCUGGCUCUGACCACUUCACUCUGACCAUGUGGCCUUUGAUCAAGAUCUGAAAUCAGUGUCAAAUGAGCUUUGCAGCCUGACUGAAAUGUUCAGUCUUUAUAAUUCACUGCCUUUUGUUACAAGGUUGACUUACUUCUCUUAAACAUUUGUCACAAACGUCCAUGCUUCAUCUGAGACAUUCUUGUGUAAACAUAUGCCAUAUUUUCAUACACAAGCUGGAUGCAAGCUGGAUGCAUUUCAGUCAGUUUUAUACUUUUAAAUAUUGCAGAUCAGUAUAAAAAAUUUAUCUUUUGCCUCAUA